GUUCGUGUUCUCGACGUGUGCGAAACGUACAUUUUCAAUUAAAGAAAAUUUUUGAAAAUUUUGAUUCAUUAUAUUCCAAGAUGGAAGACGAAAGCUCAAUGUUUUUUUUUGGAGUUAACAUUAAGCCAUAUCGUAAAUAUACCCAACAUGUAACCGGUUCGCUGCAUAUUUCCAACGUUGCCCUGGCUUCUGGCGCCAGUGGGAAGUUGUUUUUGAAAGUGCACAACCAGAAGUUUACCGUUGCGACUCUGAGCACUGCGACGCCUCAAGCGUCACUGGAUCUUAACUUUAGCGACGGCGAUCGUGUAUACUUCUAUGCAGUCGGCAAUGGCCAUCUGAGCAUCUUGGGAUAUGCGCUGAGCAUACAGCAACCGGCUAGCUAUGUGUCCUAUCGCAAUAUGCCGCCAGGCGGACUACAUGCAGAUAGCUGGUUCUAUGAUGGCGAUGAGGAUAGCGCCGAUAGCGUUGCUACAUAUAGGACCUUAUCCGAUAGCUACAUGCUUGAUAGUUCCGAGGACAGCAUGGACAGCAACCACACUCAAAGUGCGCCAGAAGCUGACAAUAGAUCGACCGAGACCGAUGAGAACAAAGCAGAUUCGCAAGUGGAUACCGUGUAUGAGCUGAGCAGCGACAAUGAACGCCCAGGCGUAAUCAUUGAAGAAUUGUAUCCAACGCCAGCUACAGAGAAUUGCGAGGCCCAGACAUCAAACGGACUAAAUACAAUGCCGCAGCGUGUUGAGGUUAUAAUUGUCAAUGAAGAUGUUCAUGACGUUGAAUAUGUAAAUGUAGAUGUCAACGAAGUUGGCACUCAAGAGAUUAACGAAAAUGACGAAAAUGAUGAAAAUGACGAAAAGGCCGAGAUUGCUAAUGAUUAUAAUGAGAAUGAUGAGAAUGUAAACGUGAUUGAUACGGAACAGAACGACAUCGAUGGGACCAAUGAUGAGAAUGAUCCUGUUGAAUCAUCCGCUUCCACUGAUGAACAUCAAUCUCCGCCGGCCAAACGAACCAGACUAUCGAGUGCUAGCGAUGCCGAGCAAUAAGAUCUUAUGAAUAAAAGAAUUAACUGAGACGAGGUAGAUCAUGCAUAUAUGCUUAUGUAUAAUGAAACAUAAUCACGAAGAAGAAGCUGGUUAUUAUUAUUUUUUUUUUUUGUUAUUUUUUUUUUUUUUUUUAGCAGAAAAGAAUUUUAAAUCAAAAACUAUAACUGUAAAGCGACUACCUCGACAAAAAUUUAAUUUUAAAAUAUUUUAAGGAGUAUGCCUCGCUAUUGAUGAAAGACGAACUAAAUAUGAAUGUAAAUU